GGUACUGAGGAAUCUAAGCAAACCCAUGCGAUGGAAGCAAAAGUCCCUCAACCUGUUUCGCUCCCUGUCGUCUAUGACUGUCGAGAGGAUUUUUUAUCCUAUUUUGCUGGCAAGGCCUUUUCCACCUUUGAGGCGUUCAGUAAGGAGCUGCAGGCCUUCGAGGAAGCCACGGGCAUGCAGUAUAUGAUGAAACGUACUUGCCUUUUUAACGAAGGCACACUUGGCAGGGAAUAUCUUAUCUAUCGCUAUAUGCAUUAUGCUUGCGUUCGUCACGUUCGUCCAGCCAGCAAAAUGGGUCAGAGGAUAUGCAGUCGGGAUGCGGAGCCGAUGUCUGACACUAUUGGCCUCGCAUUUCAGUUUGUUGGUCUUAGUUUAAAGUUACUCUGUAACUUUAGUAGGAUGGCCUCCUUUUUGCCUGCUGAACGAAUGGCUCUGACUGAUUUUCUGAAAGCAAUUGUCCUUUCACUUUUUUCCGACCUGGUAAUUUAG